GCGCGCGCUGAUUGGCCAAAGCGGCCCCAGGGGCGGCUGCUAUUGGAGGAGGCGGGGCCUGAGCUGAGGCCGCGGCGCGGGCGGCCAUGGAGGGGUCGCUGUCGCUGUCCCUGGACGCGGCGGCGCUGGAGCUGAUGGAGGCGCUGGAGCUGCUGCAGGAGCGCCGGGAGCGGCUGGAGGAGCAUCUGCGGCAGGGCUGGCUAUCCCUGGCCCAGGCCCGGUACUCCCUGGGGUGUCACCGCGUCUCGUCCCUGCAAUAUGGGGCCACCAUGGUGCCCCGAGUGCGUGUGAGCCACAGGCAGGACCCAGGGGGACGCCCUCACUUUGAGGAGGUGCUCGGAACAGGGGGGGACCCCGAGGACCCCAACCCUCAGCAGGACGGGGGUGACGGGCUGCGGCAGCGCCGGGGAGCCCCAGAGAAAGGGGGGGGCCCCACCCGGCCCCCCCCAGACCCCCUGGGCUGGUUCGGGGUGCUGGUGCCCCCCAGUCUGCGGCAGGCACAGGGCAGCUUCCAGGGGGGGGUGACACUGGCCGUGGAGGUGGCCGAGCUCCAGGGCACCGUGGAUGCCAUGGCCACGCGGUACCGGCACCUCCUGCGGCAGAAACGGCUCCUGGCCAGAGAGAGAGGGGACAGAGAGACCCCCGGGGACAGCAGCUCCUCAGGAACCCCGGCGGACACCGAGACCACGGGGAUGCCGGGUGACAUCAAGACCCGAGGGGACACUGAGGGUGGCACAGUGACCACGGGGGACACGGGGACUGCGUGACACGGACACUGAGAGCACCAGGGACGCUCUGCAGGUGACACGGAGCCUUCCCAGGUGACGCACCUGCCUGUGGGUGACACUGAGCCUCCCAAGGACCGUGCAGGUGACACUGAGACCCACUCGUGGGUGACACGGAGCCCCAGGGACCCUGUGGGUGACACUGAGCUCCAGCAGUGGGUGGCGGUGCUGUCACCACCCUCGUGACAGGACCACUCCAGGGCCCCUGUGUCUCCCCCAAUAAAGCUGUUGUGGUGCCACCA